GAGCUUGUGCAAUCAUGACUGUAACCUAUACAUCUCGAGUGACCACAUCGAGGCGAGUAAGCAACUUUUUACGUUUGUUAGCAAGAUGGCGUGGCAGUAUUUAUAAGCUAAUCUGGAUGAAUCUACUACUGUUCCUAUUUUUAUAUAUAUUUCUGGCGAUGGCUUAUCGUCAUUUUAUGAAUGAGGCAGCACGCAAAGUCUUUGAGGAUAUUGUUGUAUAUUGUAGUAAGUACGUGAAUCUCAUUCCAUUAUCAUUUGUGCUGGGCUUUUUUGUAUCCAUUGUGAUGGGGCGCUGGUGGAAGCAAUAUUUGAGCAUUCCUUGGCCGGAUUCCAUAGCUCUGCUGGUUAGUGCUUCCAUACACGGAGCGGACGAUCGUGCCCGGGCCAUGCGUCGUACAAUCAUGCGUUAUGUGUGCCUCUGUCAGGUGAUUGUCUUCACUUUGAUAUCGCCCAGUGUCAAGAAGAGAUUUCCCACCUACAAUCAAAUCAUCGAGUCGGGUCUUUUGCUGGAGAACGAAAAGAAUAUCAUUGAGGUAUUGGAUGUUGCAUUUCCGUAUUAUCCCAAGCACUGGAUGCCAAUUGUCUGGGCAGCCAGCCUUGUGAACCGUGCCCGGCGAGAAAAUAAGAUACGCGAUGAUUAUGCGGUGAAAUCAAUCAUCGAUGAACUCAAUUCCUUUCGGGGAUUGUGUGGUUUUCUGCUCUACUAUGAUUGGGUCAGUAUACCGCUAGUUUACACUCAGGUGGUCACACUGGCCACAUAUUCGUUCUUCUUGUGUAGCGUAAUUGGACAGCAAUGGGUAGCAUCACAAGGCAGUGACGUCAGCGAGAAUACAAUUUUCCGAUACUUUCCCAUAUUGACGAUUCUACAGUUUUUCUUCUAUAUGGGAUGGCUGAAGGUGGCCGAGUCUCUGAUCAAUCCUUUUGGCGAGGAUGAUGAUGAUUUCGAGCUUAAUUGGAUGAUUGAUCGCAAUUUGACUGUAUCGUAUCUGAUUGUGGAUGAAAUGCAUCAGGAACAUCCGCAGCUGAUCAAGGAUCAGUACUGGGAAGAAGUAUUCCCCAAUGAACUUCCAUAUACCGAUGAAUCCAAGCGUCCUGUCCCACCGGAACCAUCUACCGCCAAGUUGGGGAUAUCUCGGCAAAGCUUGGAGGAUAAAGCUAUGUUAAAAAGCAAUUUCUUAAUGCUGGACUCGACUCAUAGCUUCAUCUCGCGCACCACAUCUGAUCCUUACGCCGAACAGAAAGAGCAGGUACGAUCCUCGGCAGUAACGUUUAACGACAACGUUAACACGUCGGAUACCGAUAAUAGAAUUAAAUCGGAAAUAAUAAUUUUACGACCCAGUCCAACGAGCUUGAACCUGGAGGAGCUGAUCGAUCAGCGCAAUCGGGAGAGACGUGAGCGUUUGCGACAUCGCUUCCUCAAUAUACGAUCCAGUCAUAAGACUGCAAACAGUCGUUAUAUUUUAACGGUAUUACGUCCACCUUCAGCCGGCAGUAGCCAUCAUUCCAUUCCUGAGGAGGGCGAAGAGGAGCAAGAGAAGCCACCGACCUCGGACGUGCCCAAUAACAAGCAAGAGAAGACUGAUUAAAGAGCGUUAAGCUGAAAUUUCUGAAUAUAUAAUGAAAUCAAAAAUAUGCAAAUAUCCUGUUUUUGUGUCUGCCUUUCGAUUUAAAUUCUUUGACUGUUGCAGAAAAUAAAACCUCAAAUCCGUUCACAUUUCGGUGACGAAAAUGGCUUUUGAUAGGUUAAGACAAUGCA